GUCCUCAGCAGCACAUCUUCUCGUCAGUAGCAUGGCAGGCAACGCGUGGAGGUCAAUGCUGUCCCAGGCCGUAGGGGCCGUCAAGAAACCUGCUCUGUCCUCCUUCUCCAGAGGGAUGCAGACAGUGACUCUGAUCCCAGGAGACGGGAUCGGGCCUGAGAUCUCCACUGCCGUCAUGAAGAUCUUUGAGGCUGCUAAGGCUCCAAUCAGAUGGGAGGAGAGGAACGUCACAGCCAUAAAAGGACCUGGAGGAAAGUGGAUGAUUCCUCCUGACGCUAAAGAGUCAAUGGACAAGAAUAAAAUGGGACUCAAAGGACCUCUGAAGACCCCCAUCGCGGCAGGACAUCCCUCCAUGAACCUGCUGCUCAGGAAGACCUUUGACCUUUAUGCAAAUGUGCGUCCGUGUGUGUCCAUCGAGGGGUACAAGACUCCCUACACUGAUGUGGACCUGGUCACUAUCAGGGAGAACACAGAGGGAGAGUACAGUGGCAUCGAGCACAUCAUCGUCGAUGGUGUGGUUCAGAGCAUCAAACUGAUCACAGAAGAGGCCAGUCGACGCAUUGCAGAGUAUGCCUUUGAAUACGCCCGGAACAACCAAAGAACCAGCGUCACAGCCGUGCACAAAGCCAAUAUCAUGCGAAUGUCGGACGGCCUGUUUCUCAGGAAGUGUCGUGAAGUGGCUGAAAACUACAAAGACAUAAAAUUCACAGAGAUGUACCUGGACACAGUGUGCCUCAACAUGGUACAGGACCCCACUCAGUUCGAUGUGCUGGUCAUGCCCAACCUGUACGGAGAUAUCCUCAGUGACCUUUGUGCUGGUCUAAUCGGAGGACUCGGAGUUACUCCCAGCGGCAACAUCGGAGCAAAUGGAGUCGCCAUCUUCGAAUCGGUCCAUGGCACAGCUCCGGACAUCGCGGGUCUGGACUUGGCCAACCCCACGGCUCUGCUCCUCAGUGCGGUCAUGAUGCUGCGACACAUGGGCCUCCACUCCCACGCAGACAAGAUCCAGACAGCCUGCUUUGACACCAUCAAGGACAAGAAGGUUUUGACAAAGGAUCUCGGAGGGAACUCAAAGUGCUCAGAGUUCACAGGGGAGAUCUGCCGUAGAGUUCAGGACAUGAACUGAUUCACUCACUAAGACAGAUGCAGUACUCCUGUUUGACCUGUCGAGGGCACUGUAGCUCCACUCCUUCCAGCGUCAACUGUUUUUCCUCUGAAGAUGCAGGGGAAAUGGAGGUCGGCUUAAGGGAACUCUGUGCUGCCAUCUAUUGUUUAUUUCUGUCACAUUUAUUUUACUGCUAAUACAGCCCAAGUCCCUUUAUUGACUGGUGAAGAUAAUUAGAAUUUACUAUAGGGUCUCAUGUGUUCUAAAGAGGGGGUAUUAUCAAAAACUGACUUUUUAAAGCUUUCUCCCAUGUUAUAAUGUUGUUCUUUCAUCAAAAACUUGCCUGAAGAGGUUUUAGAUGUCAUCCAUGCAUGUUUGAGUAAUCUAGCGAUCUCUUCUGGAGCCUAUUCUAGCCCUCUUUACAGUUAACUGUAAGAUUCUGUGCAAUGCUCGGCCCACAAGUGUACAUCACCCAUGCUCAAUUCUUCAUAAAUAUACCAAAACAUGAUACAAAACUACUCUACAUCUUCAUAAACCUGAUGCGAGGUGUUGUAGUUUUAUUAGCUGAAUACGCGCUGAUUGUGUUGUGAUAGCGCUCUGAAGGCAGAGUGACUUUGCACAGGCAAAACCAAAAAUUAACCUUAUUAAAUAUGUUAAUACAUUCUUUUCAGUUAAUAUAGUAUUUUCAAACAAUAAAAGGAAAUGU